AUGGCCAGAGUCAUCGGCCACACUCCAUCGUGGCUCUCAGCCCCAUCGCCGGGCUUCAAUCUAUUCCAGCGCAACGCCGACACAAAAGCUCCUUCGGCCUUGCGCAAUUCCUCCACCAAGACAGACUCAGCCGGCCCUACACGAACCAUCGCCCACCGCGGUACCGAGAUCUUUGUCCUGGUCGGCAAUGACAUUCGCUGGUCCGACCUCGUCUCGCUGAAGGACGCCGAACAAGACAACAACCAACAGUCUUACAGAGUCCUCAAGACGCCCGUCGCUGCUCAAAUCAAGCAGCUUGUCGUCUCUCCCCAUGGCGACUACCUUGCCAUCCUCACCGAGCACACCGUACAUAUCGCCGUCUUGCCCGAUCCCUCACAUCUCUCCGUUCAGGAUCCCUCUCCUCUGCGCAUCAAGACUUUCCAACUGGGUCCAACAGCACAUGUGCUUGAACAGGCCCCCGUAGUCUCCGCACUGUGGCACCCCCUAGGCCACAUGGGUAGCUGUUUGGUCACUGUCACAAAAGAUGCUUGCGUCCGUCUAUGGGAGUUGAAUCGUGAUUCGCGCGCUUCCUUCGAUGAACCAGAGCUCGCUCUCGAUUUGAAGAAGCUUGCAAAUGCUACCUCUGCAGACCAGGACUUCUCUGCUUCCAAGUACGGCACCAGCAAGGGGUUCUCUCCUGACUCGGUCGAAAUGGAAGUCGCUGCUGCUUGCUUUGGUGCUAGGGCCACCUCUGAUGAGCAUGGCUGGUCUCCCAUGACCCUCUGGAUUGCCAUGACUGAAGGAGACGUAUAUGCUCUGUGUCCUCUGCUUCCCUCCAAAUGGGAGCCCACCCCAACCACUAUCCCUUCUCUGUCGACUGCCGUUGUAGCCAAGGCCGAGGUCAACUCCCAAUCAGAUCCCACUCCUGAGGAGCGCCGCAUUGUCGAUCAACAACAGCGAUGGCUCGCCGACAUCGACAACCAGGAGCCUCUGGUCGUAUCACAUAUCGAUACUCUGGCUGAGUUUGAGGUCUACAACCGUCCUACUAACCCACCUGCCAUCCCCAAGCUGCAAGGUCCUUUCUAUCUCACCCCUGAACCCGAUUAUGACAACAUUACCGAUAUUUUUGUCAUUGCUCCCCGUCUUGAUGAUGACGCCCUGAUGCAGGAAGAGGAUCAAGAUGACUUCUUUGGUCACGACGGCCUGUCUGUCGGCAUAGUAUGCUUGGCUACUGCUUCUGGCAAGGUUCACAUCUGUCUAGAUCUCGAUGGCGUCGAGGCUCAGUGGCUUCCAUCUAGACGCGCUGCAUUCCGUCGUCGCUUCGACGAAGAGGAGGCUGUUUCUGAAUUGCUUCUCGUCGAAACCUUGACUACCCCUGAAACCACAAACUCAUGGCCUACCUUUACUCCAACCACCACCAGCCGCUAUGGAUUCUUCUUGAGCUCCAAUGCAGGCAUCUUCAACAUUUCUCUUGAAUCCUGGAUCGCUCCUCUCGAGGAUGAACUGAUCAGUCCUAGCGAUUCUGGCGCCGGAUUCCGUCUCGAUGUGCUGUUCGAUGUCGAGAAAUCCACCAUCGAUCAUAUUCUCAAACGUACUGCUGACGCCGGAAACGCUCCUGCUUGCGUCUCAAUAGUCGAUUCUGAUCUGGGCCAUUUUGUCCUGACCUCUACCUCUUCUCAGCCUCAGGCCGUUGUUCUCGACCUCCCCGUCGACCGCUCGCUCUAUGCUUCGUUCGCUCCCGAUGAGGCACCACUAGCCCUUCCCGCACCUGAUCUUCGUCAACCUUAUCAACCUCCUGAGGCUUUCUUCGCUACCUCUGCACUUCCCGGCUUCUUAGACACCGCUGUUCAAAGGAACACUCAGUUGAGAAAGGCAGAUUUGAAGACCCAAGUCCGUUUCUCUCCUGCCACUUUGGAACUGCUCACAGAUGCACACCGCUUGCUAUCUACCGAGACGAGCCGAUUGGGAGCCGCAGCUGCCGACCUCUUCCGUCGCUGUGAGAGAAUGCGUGCCGAGUUGUCAGAGCAAAUCCGUCAGGUCGAUGAAAUCUCGAAGCGCGCAGAAGCAGUAACAGGAGAUGACGAUGACGGUCAAGAUGCCGAUCAGCCUCGCCUAGUUGGCAAGGAGAAGAUUGAUGAACGCAUGGAAAAGGCGCGCAACCGAUCCAAGGAACUCGCCCAGCGUGUCGAGGCCAUGCGUCGUCGUAUGGCUAAGGAACUAGGCGGCAAAGAGCUGAGCAUAAAGGAAGAAGCCUGGGCAGCAGAAGUCGCUGCCCUCUCAACCAGUCUUGGAGAAGCACAGCCCUCCUCCCUUGCAACCGAAGAACCCAUCACAACAGAAAAUGACUUGACCUCACGCUUGCAAGCAGUAGGCGAGCUCCAACGAGCACUCGUAGCCCGCGCGAAGGAAGCCGCCGAACAGCAAAAAGCACUCACACCAUCAACACCAACACAAGACGACGACACAAACACAGAAUCUCAAGAUUUGAGCGCGAGUGUCAGUCGUAUACCCGCCGACUUUAGAAAGCAAAAGAUUGCGCAGGUCAUGCAGUUAUUGCAAAGGGAAACGGCAUUGGUGGAUGCGGUUGCAGAUCGUCUGAGCAAGUUACAAGGGCUUGGAAAUUCUUUUUCUUCGUUGUAG